AUGACCAGUUUUCGAAAAGCCUUCAUUGCCACAAUCUUAAAGAGCCUGCUUCGAGGCAAGUCUCUGAUACAAGCAUUACUGUCCAUCCGGGUCAAUCCUGGAAUAGCCAAGGGUGGCAAAGGGAAGCCAACAAGAACGCUACAAGAUUUUCUCAAAGAUGCCGAGGCUGCACUUCUCGGCCCUGUUAGUGGCGAUGGUCUCCUCGAGCUUUCCGCGAGACUGAGAAAACAAUUUGUCAAACGGUUGCAAACAGAUGAGCAGUGUAUGCUGCCGUCGUAUAGCCAUCAGCUGCCGCUAGGUAAUGAAUGUGGGCAGUACCUGGCUCUGGAUGUUGGUGGUUCAACUUUGAGAGUCGCUGUGGUGGAACUGAGAGGUCGUGGAAUGGCUGCUGAAAAGCAGAGCGAAAUCAUCAGUAUGCGCAGCUAUCGGAUCGACAAGGACAUUAAGGAUCUAGAGGGAAUGAACUUUUUCAACUGGAUGGGCCAGAAAAUUGCCGAGACCCUUGCCGCAACAGGUCAACAGGAGAAUUCUGAGGCGAAACCCUUCCCUAUUGCCUGUGCUUGGAGCUUCCCGAUCGAACAAACUUCAUUGGAAAGCGGCAAGCUUCUUCCAAUGGGCAAGGCAUUCUUGGCAGACAGAGGCUUAUUGGGUGAGGAUCUUGCUGGAAUUAUCAAGCAGGCUUGCAAAAAGUCUGGUCUUCACGUCAAACUGCGUGCCCUCCUAAACGACUCCAGUGCCUGCCUAUUAUCACGAGCCUACUCCUACACAUCUACUCGAUUUGGCCUUAUUCUAGGCACGGGCGUUAACCUGGCGGCAUACAUGCCCGUCCUGAGUGUUGGCAUGAAGAAAUUUGGAGUACGGCCCGAGGGUUGGUAUCAGGAAGCCAACCACGUCAUCGUCAAUACUGAACUCGGAAUGUUUGGUCACGACAUUUUGCCCCUGACAAGAUGGGAUCAUGCGCUGAUCAAGCGGCAUCCCCGUCCUUAUUUCCAACUUCUCGAGCAUCUUGUUAGCGGCAUGUACCUUGGCGAGAUUGUCAGACUGGCACUUAUUGAAGCUAUCGAGACGACUGGACUACUUGGCGGUGUUGUGCCUCGUUCUUUGAGGAGCGAUUACUCGCUGGGCACUGACACAAUCUCUGCAAUCGAAAGUGAUACCUCACCAAAACUCGAGGACGCCAUAAAAGUCUUUUCGGAUCGACACCCAUCAUCAUAUAUUCCCACUAGUUCGGACCUUUGUGCUAUCAAAGCCAUUUCAACCUUUGUUUCUAUUCGAUCCAGCGCUCUCGUCGCUACUUGUGUUUAUACCAUGUGGGACCUGCGUCUGGACUUUGAGCAGCGAUAUGUCGAUACGUUACCUGAGUCGUCACCAGAGCGUGAGCGUGUCGAGGCCGACAUGAGGCUGGCGGAUACCACGGUUGCGUUCAACGGCAGCGUCAUCGAAAACUAUCCCGGCUACCUCGAAAACUGUCAACGCUACUUGGACGAGUUGAUGGAAAGCAAAGGCUUACCUGAGCCACGAAGCAUCACUCUUGUUGCCGCCAAGGAGAGCUCACUGAUGGGGGCUGCCGUUGCAUUGGCAUGUGUGGAGCGAGAUGAUUGA